GCUUCAGGGGGUUUGCUCUCUCCGUGUCUUGUUUCCUCCUGGCCGUGCCACUGCUGAUGGCACAAGACCCUUCGAACCUGAGCCUGGAGCACUACGCCAAGACAUGCCCGAUUGUGGAACAUGUGGUCCGGACGGAGAUGGAGUGCGCGGUGCGCGAUGAACCACGCAAUGCCGCUCUGAUGCUCCGCCUCCAUUUCCACGACUGUUUUGUGCAGGGCUGUGACGGGUCGGUGCUGCUUGACGACACGGCAACCUUGAUUGGAGAGAAGCAGGCAGAGCAGAAUGUGAACUCGUUGAAAGGAUUUGAAUUGGUUGACAAGAUCAAGGAAAAGCUGGAGGCCGAGUGCCCUGGAACAGUUUCCUGUGCAGAUUUGCUUGCCAUUGCAGCGAGGGACGCAACUGUCUUGGUGGGUGGGCCUUACUGGGAUGUCCCAGUAGGAAGAUUGGACUCCAAGGAGGCAAGUCUUGACCUAGCAAACAAAGACAUACCCACCCCUCAGCAGGGCCUCAUCACGCUUAUUUCCAAGUUCUGGGAGAAGGGCCUUGACGCCACUGACAUGGUGGCCCUUGUGGGAUCCCACACGAUUGGAUUUGCCCGGUGCGCCAACUUCCGGGAAAGGAUAUAUGGUGACUUCGAGAUGACAUCCAAGAGCAACCCUGCGUCUGCGACCUACCUCAGCAAGCUAAAGGAGAUAUGCCCCUUGGAUGGUGGCGACGACAACAUCAGCGCCAUGGACAGCUACACUUCCUCGACCUUCGAUAACGCUUAUUUCGAGACGCUAAUCAAGGGCGAGGGCCUCCUCAACUCUGACCAGGAGAUGUGGUCAAGUAUCGCCGGGUACUCAACGGCCGAUACGGUCAACAAGUAUUGGGCUGACCCCGCCCUGUUCUUCAAGCAGUUCUCGGACUCCAUGGUCAAGAUGGGCAACAUCACCAACCCUGCAGGUGGUGAGGUCAGGAAGAGCUGCAGAUUUGUGAACACCUAAGCUGGAGAAACUUUUGUUUGCGCCUUUCCCUUUCAUGGUUGAUGAUUGUCUGGAAAUAAGAAUGUUUUGCCUGGGAUACUAUACUGGUAUAUGUAUAUUGUAAGUCACACUAUAAAAUAUGUUCAUGCUAUAUGAAGUAAUGGAGAUAUAGACAUAUAGUGAUAUA